CUUGCGGCGGCGCCCGCCCCGCGCUCCGCGCUCUUCGCUGCUGCCGCCGUCGCUGCCUUGCCCUGCUCCUAUCCCGCCAUGCAGCCCUUCCACUAUCCCGACGUGUACCGCGACGAGACCGCCGUUCAUGAUUACCAUGGACAUAAAAUAAUUGACCCAUACUGCUGGCUUGAAGAUCCCGAUAGUGAACAAACAAAGGCUUUUGUGGAGGCCCAGAACAAGCUUACAAUGCCCUUUCUUGAGCAGUGUCCUGUCCGAGGGUUAUUCAAGGAACGAAUGACUGAACUUUAUGACUAUCCUAAGUACAGUUGCCACUUCAAGAAAGGAAAAAGAUAUUUUCACUUUUACAAUACUGGACUGCAAAAUCAACGAGUAUUAUAUGUUCAAGAUUCCUUGGAGGCUGAUGCCAAAGUGUUUCUCGAUCCAAAUAAGCUUUCUGAUGAUGGCACCGUGGCUUUACGAGGUUAUGCAUUCAGUGAAGAUGGUGAAUAUUUUGCAUAUGGUCUGAGUUCCAGUGGGUCAGAUUGGGUCACAAUUAAGUUUAUGAAAGUAGAUGGCCUGGAAGAACUUUCAGAUACAUUAGAAAGAGUUAAAUUCAGCUGCAUGGCUUGGACCCAUGAUGGAAAAGGCAUGUUCUAUAACUGCUAUCCAAAACAAGAUGGAAAAAGUGAUGGCACUGAGACCUCCACUAACCUACACCAGCAGCUCUUUUACCACGUACUUGGGACUGAGCAGUCAAAGGAUGUUUUGUGUGCUGAAUUUCCUGAUGAACCAAAAUGGAUGGGUGGAGCUGAGGUUUCUGAUGAUGGCCAGUAUGUCUUGCUGUCCAUACGAGAAGGAUGUGAUCCAGUGAAUAGGCUGUGGUACUGUGAUCUACAGAAGGAAUCAAAUGGUAUAGCAGGAAUUCUUCAGUGGGUGAAGCUGAUAGACAACUUUGAGGCUGAGUAUGAAUAUGUCACCAAUGAAGGAACAGUGUUCACUUUCAAGACAAACCGCCAUUCUCCUAAUUAUCGAUUAAUCAACAUUGACUUCAAUGACCCCCAUGAAUCCAAAUGGAAGGUACUUGUCCCUGAGCAUGAAAGAGACGUUCUAGAAUGGGUUGCUUGUGUUAGGUCCAACUUUCUGGUUUUGUGUUAUCUCCAUGACGUGAAGAAUAUUCUGCAACUUCAUGAUUUAGCAACUGGUGCACAUCUCAAGACUCUCCCUUUGGAAGUCGGCAGUAUUGUGGGAUAUAGCGGACAAAAGAAGGACACUGAAAUAUUUUAUCAGUUUACAUCCUUUUUAUCUCCAGGUAUUAUAUAUCACUGUGAUCUGACCAAAGAGGAACUGGAGCCAAGCGUUUUCCGGGAGGUGACUGUGAAAGGAUUUGAUCCUUCAAUUUACCAGACAAUUCAGGUGUUCUACCCUAGCAGAGAUGGUACCAAGAUCCCAAUGUUUAUUAUCCACAAGAAGGGAAUUAAAUUGGAUGGUUCUCAUCCUGCUUUCUUGUAUGGCUAUGGUGGCUUCAACAUAUCUAUUACACCAAGCUAUAGUGUUUCAAGGCUUAUUUUUGUGAGACAUUUGGGUGGUGUUCUUGCUGUGGCCAACAUCAGAGGUGGUGGUGAAUAUGGAGAGACCUGGCACAAAGGCGGUAUCCUGGCCAACAAGCAAAAUUGCUUUGAUGAUUUUCAGUGUGCGGCAGAAUAUCUUAUCAAAGAAGGCUAUACAUCUCCAAAGAAGCUGACUAUUAAUGGAGGUUCAAAUGGGGGUCUUUUAGUAGCUGCUUGUGCUAAUCAACGCCCUGACCUGUUCAGCUGCAUUAUUGCUCAAGUUGGAGUAAUGGAUAUGCUUAAGUUCCACAAAUACACCAUUGGUCAUGCCUGGACAACUGAUUAUGGCUGUUCUGACUGUAAAGAACAGUUUGAAUGGCUGUACAAGUACUCUCCACUUCAUAAUAUCAAACUACCAGAAGAGGAUGGAAUCCAAUAUCCAGCCACGUUACUUCUCACAGCAGACCAUGAUGAUCGUGUGGUCCCUCUGCACUCACUAAAAUUCAUUGCUACUCUGCAGUAUGCUGUGGGCCAAAGCCGUAAACAAACCAACCCACUUCUCAUUCAUGUCGACACCAAGGCUGGGCACGGAGCAGGAAAACCAACAGCUAAAGUUAUUGAAGAAGUAUCUGAUAUGUUUGCCUUUAUAGCACGAUGCCUGAAUCUUGAUUGGAUUGAAUAGGUAGAAUACUUACUGCUUCAAUUAGAAAUCAAGGGCUUUAACACCGUUUAAAAGGAACCAACCAAUCACUUGGUGUAGUACUUACAUUUAAGAACUGGGGUUUAAUAUUUUGAUCCACUCUGCUAUGACUUUUUAAGCUUCCUUUUUUUGGAUUUCUUUUCUAAUAGAUCCAGACCUACGUUUUAAAUAGCAUGUUCAAAUAAUAGCUGAUUUGCUGUCAGUCUUGUGUACAUUUAGAUGCCAGAGUUAGUCAUAGUUGUGCUUACCUCAUGUAAACAAUUUUAAUGUAUUUUGCACCUUUAAACAUAUCCUGUUCACCUGUAAUUAAAUGUAAGUACUGUUCCAGUCUAAA